AUGUCUUUUCUUGUGCUCUUUGGUUCUCUCGCGCUCCUUGCCAUCAGCUGGCUGCUCAGCCACAUCCUUACAUGUCUUUCACUCCCUGGAGCGUACGGGCCUGCACUUGCCAGAUGGACUGAUGCAUGGUACAUCUGGAAAAUAUGGCAGGGCAAGUAUGAGGCGUACGACAUCGAAGCACAUAAGGAUGGCUCCAGGAAAAUAGUUCGCAUUGGGCCUCGCAUGUACAGCAUUGACGACCCGGCCAUGGCUCGCGUAAUCUACGGCAUCUCAUCUCCCUUGCCAAAAAGCGGAUGGUACGAUGCCUGGGGAGACCCUCGCAUCCCGAACCACAACCUCUUCAGCGCGCGCGAUCGCGCCGUGCAUGGCCUCAUGCGCCGCAAAGUCGCCAGCAUGUACUCCAUGUCGACAAUCAAGUCCUACGAGCCCUAUGUUGACAGCUGUGUUGCGCUUCUUCUGAAGCGUUUCGACGAGUUCGCCGAAAGCGGAGAGAUGUUUGAUUUGCAGCAGUGGAUGCAGUGUUAUGCAUUUGAUGUGAUUGGUGAGAUCACGUUUGGUAGACGAGUAGGUUUCUUGGAAUCUGGCGGACAAGAUAUCGACGGCAUCAUGCGAGGUCUAGAAGACGCCAACGCGUUCUCGACACUUUCGGGCGUCAACGCCGUCUUGUUACCCAUACUUCUCGUCCUUUAUGGUAACCCUGUUCGUGGUAUCGCAAGUUUUGCGCGAAAGCUCCAAUCCGACAGCGAUGAUAUUGGCAUCAAGGAAAAGCAUGGCGGAGAGACCUUCCUGACAAAAGUUCAACGACUGCAGAAGGAAGACCCGGAGGAAUACGAAAGAUUUCGUGUUCAAACGCUUACUUUAACAGGAAACGUUGCAGCUGGAAGUGACACCACGAGCAUUUCUCUAACCAGUGCGAUAUACCAUCUUCUCACCACAAAUGGUGUCGCAAAGAGCAUGUACGAAGAGCUCGAUUCUCAAGGCUUCUGCUCUAGCCUCGACGAACACAUCACUUUUGACCAAGCCCAGCAACUUCCGUACCUCCAGAUGGUCAUCAAAGAAGCCCUGCGACUCCAUCCAGCCGUCGGCUUGCCCAUGUGGCGCGAGGUCGUAGGGUCCGGUCUGGACGUCGACGGAACCCAUUUUCCGCCUGGGACACUCAUCGGUAUCAAUCCCUGGGUAGCGCACCGGAACGCAAAAGUCUUUGGCACAAACGCCGCAGACUUCAUACCAGAACGGUGGGAUCCCCAACACGCCUCCUCGGAGACGUUAGCGGCCAUGGAGCAGUACUACCUGCCUUUCGGAGCGGGCGCGAGGACCUGCAUAGGGAAGCACAUAUCAAGCCUAGAGAUGGUGAAGUUGAUCCCAGAGCUAGUUAGGCGGUAUGAGUUUAAGUGUCUCAGUGGGGAAUUGAAGACUGUUAAUAGGUGGUUUGUAAAGCCACAGAAAGUACUCUUCAGUGUCAAGCGGAGAGGACUUAGAUCUUGA